GUUCGUCUUUACAGCUCCGAAUGUAUCGGAGAAGGUCCACAGCGAUGGAGAGCACCGAACUGCUCGGAGACGAAGCCAUGGCCACUCCCGAAGUCUCCUCGUACGGGCCUGUGGCUACCAACGAAGCCUUUACCACGCACUCCGAAGACGACGUUCCUGAGACCGCGUCGCUGCUGUCAGAACCGCUACUAAGCUCCGAUCCCGACUCCGCUUCAAGCACCAUGGUCCAGGUCGGCAAGCAAGGCGCCAUCGUGCUGCUAUGCUUGAUCAACCUGAUCAACUACAUCGACCGCGGGAUCAUCCCUGGCGCGCCCGAGAAGUUUAACCAGUUCAUCACCGACACUCUUGGUGUGAGUGUGCUACGCCAGUCCGUGUACUUCGGUUUGCUGACCUCAGCAUUUAUCGCCAGUUACUCCAUAUUCUCCAUGGUGUUCGGCUACUUUGCACUCACACACCGACCUUUCCGUAUCAUUGCACUGGGUAUGACUGUGUGGGUAGUGGCUGUAGCCAUCUGUGGUAUGGCCCAGGCCGCCGAGAGCUACUACGUACUGAUCGCCGGUCGUCUUAUCAGCGGUGUCGGCGAAGCUUCGUUCCAGUGCACAGCAACACCCUUUAUUAACCGCUACGCGCCACCGUCGAAGCGCUCGCUGUAUCUGGGUAUUUACUUGGCUUCCAUCACCGUUGGAACUGCAGUUGGAUACAUCUACGGAUCCAUCUUCGCCAGCUCCGGGUUCGGCUGGGCUGGAGCCUAUUUUGUGGAAGGUAUCUUGAUGAUCGGAUUCAUCAUCUGCUGUCUUACUAUUGUACCGGACGAGUUAAACCAGAUCCCGAUCAAUGAAGUGGACCGUGAAGAGAUCGAGAGUAAGCAGAGUGAACUGGCGGUGGUGCCUCAUACUCCUGGAGACGAAGACAAGGCGAGCGCGACCGCAUAUCUAGAAGACAAAGAUCGCAAUCUGCGUAAACCGUCGUUCUUUUUGGAGUGGUGGGGCAUUUUCAGCAACGUGCCGUUCAUGCUGAUCAUCCUAGGACACGCGGCUUACACCUUCUCCCUGGCAGCUAUGAGCACCUUCAGUCCUGCCAUCUUCAUUGGUCUGGGACUAUUUGAGAGCGAGACGACCGUGUCGCUUAUGUUCGGUGGACUUGUGGCCAUCACCGGCACCAUUGGUACGCCUCUUGGAGGAAUCCUGGUUGACUACCUCGCAAAGAAGAACCCCAAUGAGGUUGGCCGUCGCUGCAUGAUCUCCGUGUACGCGCUGUUCUACUUCAUGCUGGCCGCGGUUGUAUUUGGCCUCAUUAUGGUGGCAUUCGCCAGCACCAAGAUGCUGUGCUUGGUCUUCCUCACUCUGUGUCUCUUUUUCAUGUGUGCGCUAUCCGUCCCCGAGACUAUUGCGGUGCUCGAGCUCUUCCCAAAGUCGCGUCAGUCGAUGGCCGUUGCAGCUAACACGCUGAUCAUUCACGCUCUGGGAGACGUGCCGUCUCCUAUCGUUUUGGGCGCUAUCAAGGACUCAUGGGCUCCCCACUGUGGUACUGUAGAGAUCGACGGGGAAGCAGAGCUAAACCCAGACUGCUCUGAGGACUACGCCGGUCUUCGUGACGUGCUGCUCUUCGCUGUAGUUUGGCUGGCGUGGGGUGUCAUGCUCUGGGGCGCUUCCGUCAUCGUUGUGAAACGGAGACAGAAGGAAGCAAAGCGUCGUGUGGCGCGUGGUGGUGUGGUCGACGGCUUGUUGUAAGCUGCUAUGAGUCAUUAGUCGGCGCAGUAGAGUACGACGGUGAACAAGCAUCAAGCUGGUGUGGAUGACAAGCCCAAUAGGAACUAGACACCCAAACAAGGGCAAAUCCUUGCCAUCGCUGUGUUAUGCCUUUUUCGUCUGUAUUUACUUGCUUAUCUCCCUUCUCCUUCGUUCCCUCUACACCAGAAGAGUAGUAAUUGUCGACACCUUUCAUGGUCGCUCC